AUGGCCGCCCCGGUCCGCGUCUCCUUCGCGGCGCACUCGGGCCCGCGGCCUGGCCAGCCCGUGGGCGCACCGUCGCUCGUGGCGCGCGAGGGCGCCGCCGUGUUCGCCGAGGCGGUCAAGCGCCUCCGCCUGAAGAAGAAGGAGGCUGCGGCGGCGCGACUGUUCCUCUGGUGCCGCGACGAGCGUGCCGGCACCGAGCUUCGGCGUGAGGGCUGCUUGGAGGCGUUGCUGAGGAGCGGCGAUCUCAUCGCGGUCUCGCUGGGGGAGGAGUACCGGGGACCUGCGUCCUCGGCGGGAUCCUGCCAGGCCGAGGGGGCGAUCCUUGCCGCUGCUGGGCGGGAGGCGGGUGCGGCGCGAGAGGCGCAGCCUGCGCCCGAGGCGCCGCCGCCCGUGUCCGGCAGCGACGACUGCGGCAGGCAUUUCGGCAGCCUUCACCAGCUGUGGUCAGACCAGGCGCUGCACUACGAGCGCUACUACGAGGCUAACGCAGCCUGGUGGGACGACAAUGGCUACGGAGGCGGCAGCGACGAGGAGGCCAUGAUCGGCGACGGCGGCUCCGAGGCGGACGUGGAGCAUUCCCUGCGAUUCUUGGACGACCUGAGGUCGCGGCUCCCGCGGCUCCAGAUGCGCACGGCCAUAGACGCCGGGGCAGGGGUCGGCCGCGUCACCAAACACGUCCUCCUGAGGAGGUGCGAGCAGGUGCUGCUGGUCGAAGCGUGCGAGCGAUGGCUGAAGCAGGCUCGGCGGUACCUGGGCAACAAGCGGUCGCAGCGCUGCAGGUUCGCGUGCGCCCGGCUGCAGGAGUACGAGCCGGUCGACCGCGCCGUCGACCUCGUGUGGGUGCAGUGGACGCUCCAGUAUCUGGUGGACGCUCACGUGGUGGCCGUCCUGGCCGCCCUCCGCGCCGCCCUCGGCCCCAACGGGGUGGUGGUCGUCAAGGAGAACCGGCCGUGCGUCAGCACUGGCAGCGGUGCGGUCUCUGAGGACGCGUUUCGGGUGGACAUGCCAGGGGGGCCUCAUGGCCGGUACGACGUCACGCGCCCGGACGCGCAUCAUCUCUGGCUUUUCCGGUGUGCCGGCUUGAGUGUCGAGCAUUCAGAGCAGUGUUUGGGUGGCGAGGUGACAACAUGGGCGCUCACGCCCAUGAGGGAAGGAAGUGAGUGUCUGCCGACCUCUGGAAGCUUAGUGCGUCCAAGCCUACAGGGACGUUUCUAA